AUGAAUAGCGCAACUAAGUUUCUUGUAAUGAUCUUGUUCAUUGGAGUUCUUUGUACUGAUGUAGGCGCAAGGAAGCUCGACAAAGUGUCCAAAGAAUUUAUGGAUCAAAAAUCCUUUAUGUUUCCGCCGAUGCCAUCAACGCUUCCGACACCAGUGGUUCCGCCAGUGCCAUUACCAGAACCCAUAUCUGGAUUAGGUGAAGCAGUCUCUGCAACAAAAGACACCAAAUUAGGCAUCUCUAUUCCCAAAACUGCCGCUACCAACGGCGUUGGAACUGAGCUUGUCAUUAUUGUUAAAAAAACCUCUGGAACUGUCACUGUCAAUGGUCCUAACCCAAGCGCUUAUUCUAAGAGUAUCGCUGACCGUCAAGCUGGUGCCGAUGCUGAAGCGGGUCCCGACGGUGCUAAAAGCAAUGGAUCAAGUAGCGGAUAUGCCUACACCAAUGCGGGUGGCAGCACUAGCAACAGUAACCCUUGA